UUCGGUUGCUAGGGUUAAUGAACCAAUCGACUACUAGGUUUGUUUCUUCUUCCUCUCUCUCUCUCUCACUCUCUCUCUCUCUCUCUCUCUUCUGAAUCUUUGAUUUGCCUCAUCGGUCUUCAAAACGACUCGAGGAGCUCAAACUCAAGAUGGUGGCCAACUGUGUGUUAAGCGAACAAGCUCAUGGAGCUGCAGCUGGAAAGUCUGGUGAAACUGAAGUCAAACCGUUGCAGACGAUUUCAACGCAGAUUACAGAUCAUGAUUUGAGAGGCACAGAACUGUCAGACAUUAACGAGAAGCCUUUGGAGGACCAAGCUGUUCCAGAAGAUCAACCAGCAAGGCCAAAAACUGAGAUGAAAAACCAGGAAAAUUUAGGAUCUGAAGUCAAUCCAUCUGGGGAUUCCUGGUCCGAUUCGUGCCUAGAAUUCACAUUUAAGACACUUACAGGGGCACUAGCUGUAAGGGGUUAUUGUAAUUUCCUCCCCGAAGAAAAGUUGCUACAAGCAGUAAAAGUUGGUCAGGUUGUUUAUCUAAGUGGGACUGCAAGUUAUCUACUAGGAAUGAGUGGACGUAUUGCAGCUCAAGCAGAUGAAGCAAGCAACCCAAUCAAUGUGAAGAAUCUAUCUUUGGCUUGGAUGAUUGGUUUUCUCUUUCUUGUCAGCUUUGUUGGUCUCUUUUCAAUUGGCCCCCUUAGAAAGAUGAUGAUACUCAAGUACAAGUUAACAUACCCUAGUGGAACUGCAACUGCCUACCUCAUCAACAGCUUUCACACUCCUAAAGGAGCCAAACUAGCCAAGAAACAAGUAAUGAUGCUAUUCUAUUCCCUCUGUGGUAGCUUUACUAAUGCACUUUUUCAAUGGUUCUUUGCUGCUGCUAAUGGCUGUGGAUUUAGUAACUUUCCCACCUUUGGUCUCAAAGCCUUUAGCCAAAGGUUCUGAUGAAUUUAACAAAUGACAACCUGUGUGCUGUUAGCAAAUUGCUGCCUGUGGAGGACUGGUGAAACCUUGUCUUCAUUGAUUGCUGGCCACUUUCCAACGUUCAGUUCAUCUUUGCCUCCCUUCAGCGAUAUAAGAAAUGAUACUUGUUGUCCAAGUCUUAAGACAUUUGAAAGGGUGUGAUCGGUUAGAAAUUCUUGGAGAGAUACAAAAUAUGGUCAAAGAAUUCAAGAACUUAGUUUUUUAAGUUUUUUCAUUUUUUAAUAUAUGUAAGCAUGGUUUAAAACUUUUUAUUUAAUUCCUUUGUAUAUACUUUUGAACAUAUUUAAUUUUCA